UCAUAACAUUCAAUCACAACAACACUAUAGAGUGAUUUCAAAUUAUUAUUUUUUCGCCGUACAAAAAUCAAUUAAAAUCAACACUCCCUGCACUUUACAUGAUUUGGACACUGCUUGCUCUCAGCGUCUUGUCUGCCGGCGAUGGCAUAGGCAUCAUCGGCCCACUUGAAUAUGAACCGGAUCCGUGCUCUUCCUCUUGGAUGACGCGUCCAGUGUGCGCCAGGGCGGCGAGCCGGCGAAGACGCAGAGCAAGAGCACGUCGGUAGCGCACGGUGGCAGGACGGUGAAAGUCUUCCUCUCCAUUCGAGGAUGCGUGCGUGGUGAGGAGAUAAAAAAAAAAGGUGGGCCCCAGCAAAUUUAGUGGGAUGCUGCAGUGCAGAGUAGAGAGUCAAAGAGCAGGGCGUGGCAAACUCUCCCAGCCGACGAACUCAUCUCCAAGCCUCAGCCAUGGCCACGGAGCCGCGCUCAACGCCGCACCUCCUCGUCGUCCCCUUCCCGGCGCAGGGCCACGCGCUGCCGCUGCUCGACCUGGCCGCGCUGCUCGCGUCCCGCGGCCUCCGCCUCACCGUCGUCACCACGCCCGCCAACGCGCCGCUCCUCUCCCCUCUCCUCGCCGCCCACCCCGGCUCCGUCCAGCCCCUCGUCCUCCCCUUCCCCGCGCACCCCUCCCUCCCGCCGGGCCUCGAGAACACCAGGAGCUGCCCGCCCUCCUACUUCCCCGUCUUCAUCCACGCGCUCGCCGCGCUCCGCCAGCCCGUCCUCGCGUGGGCCAGGUCGAACUCGCACCCCGUCGUCGCCGUCGUGUCCGACUUCUUCUGCGGGUGGACGCAGCCCCUCGCGGCGGAGCUCGGCGUGCCCAGGAUCGUCUUCUCGCCCUCGGGCGUCCUCGGCACCGCCGUCCCGCACUCUCUGUUCCGUCGGCUGGUCAAGCGGCCGUCGGAUGCCGAUGACGGGUUCGGCGUUUCGUUCCCGGCGAUUCCCGGCGAGCCGGGGUUCCAGUGGAGAGAGCUUUCCGGGAUGUACAGGGGCUACAUGGAAGGCAAGGUGGAGGAGCAGGUCGGCGAGGCCGUGAGGCAGAACUUCCUCUGGAAUCUGGAGAGCUGGGGGUUUGUGUCGAACACCUUCCGUGCGCUCGAGGGGAGGUACCUGGAGUCGCCGCUCGAGGACCUGGGGUUCAAGCGCGUGUGGGCGGUGGGUCCGCUAGCGCCGGAGACGAGCAGCUCCGGAGAUCGUGGCGGCGAGGCGGCUCUUGUCGCCGGCGAUCUCGGGCCGUGGCUGGACGGCUUCCCGCAAGGCUCGGUCGUGUACGUGUGCUUCGGCAGCCAGGCGGUGCUGACCCCGGCCGUGGCGACGGCCCUAGCCGAGGCGCUGGAGCGGAGCGCCGUCCCGUUCCUGUGGGCCGCGGGCGACGGCGCGGUGCUCCCGGAAGGGUUCGAGGCCCGCGCGUCGGCGGCGAGGCGCGGGCUGGUGGUGCGCGGGUGGGCGCCGCAGGUGGCCAUCCUGCGGCACGCGGCGGUGGGGUGGUUCAUGACGCACUGCGGCUGGAACUCGGUGCUAGAGUCGGCGGCGGCGGGCGUGCCCAUGCUGGCGUGGCCGAUGACGGCGGACCAGUUCGUGAACGCGCGGCUGCUCGAGGACGAAGCGCGCGUCGCGGUGCGCGCGUGCGCGGGCGGGAUCGGCGUGGCCCCGGACGCCGGCGAGCUCGCGGCCGUGCUGGCCGGCGCUGUCGGGGAGGGAGGGAGCGCCGCGCGGGCGCGCGCCAAGGAGCUCGCGGCGGAAGCAGCCGGCGCGACCAAGGAAGGCGGGAGCUCGCGCGAGGAUCUGGAGCGGCUGGUGCUAGAGAUUCAGAAGCUUUGAGCCUUUGAACGUGGCGCGAUAGAUUUUGGAGAACAUUCACGGAGUUGUUUCUGCUAUCCACUCGGUAUCAAGGUUUUGAUUACGGAAUGAGGCAAUUUUACCGAGGGGGACUGAUGAAUGUGGUUACCACGGUUACCAAGAAAUACCGAGAAUAUUUCGAA